AUGCUGAUGGACGCCUACCGUGACGAACGCCCUGGGAUCGGCAUCGCCUUCAGGACGGACAGCCAACUCCUCAACCACCGACGAAUACACUUCCAGCCGAGUGAAUCCACAACUACUGUUUAUGAACUUCUCUUCGCUGACGACUGUGCCCUCAACACCAGCUCAGAAGGGAACAUGCAGGCGUGCAUGGAUCUCUUCACCGCCACCUGUGAAAACUUCAGCCUGCUCAUCAAAUCAGAGAAGACAGUGGUCAUGCACUAACCGCCAGCCAACACUGCCCGGUUGCUACCUCAACAGCAAGCUGAAGAUGUACAAAACAAUCAUCCUACCGACGGUACUGUACGGAGCGGAGACCUGGACGGUUCACAAGAAGCAGACGCGGAGGUUAAAUCACUUCCACCUCACUUUUCGUCGGUGGAUAUUUAAGCUGAGGUGGCAGGACCGGAUCCCGGGCACGGAUUACUGGAGCGGAUGGGAAUCCCCAACAUCUACGCCAUGCUGAGACAACUGCAACCGCGUUGGAGCGGCCAGCUCGUGUGGAUGGACAAGUGGCUAUCCAAACGACUCUUCUAUGGAGACAUCGCCACGACCUCCCGUCGUCAAGGAGGCCAAAUCCGUCGAUAAAAAUACGCCAUUAAGACCUCACUGAGACGUCUGCAGAUCCACCCGGCCAGCUGCGAAGAUUUCGCCGACCUGGAGGAGAACGGUGAAGACAUGCGUAGCGAUCUACGAAGCCAACCGCAUCACCGCCGCGAAAGCCAAACGCGAGGCUCGAAAAUCUACACUGCGCCCAUCUCGCAACGCCAACGCCCAACCGCCUCCGACAUGUUCACGAUGUUUACGGACAUUCCGGGCGCCACUUGGACACCUCCGAGCAAACUACAGCAUCCGGACUGCACCAGCCGUCGUCUCUCCGUCCACCUCUCCCCCGCCUCCCACACCGUCAACUAG